UUUUAGAGGAAGGUGUGCUCAUUGGGCUCGGCCUGGCAAUGCGGGCUACAGCGAUGGGGCCCAUUGGAAACAAGCGCAGUCCGGCGAUUUCUCGGAGCGCGCUGCCUUCCUCGUUCAAAAGUGGGCCGGCGCCGGCGGACACACACUCUCUGAGAGAGAAGGUCAAAAGAAGUCUACUCGGUCAACCUAAGAAGAGAAGUCGUCGUCCUCCUCCUCCCCAGACGCCGGAGAAUCGCAGCCCGCCGCCCGCACGCCGUCCCCGGACGGUUAGUAGCCACUUCCCUAGCUCCGUUCCCCGCCUCCUCUCCCGUAAUACCAGCAAGCGCGCUGGCCUCGCCUCCUUCCAUAAGGCACGGCGCAUUCGGCAUUCGGGAGGAGGGCGCCCCGCCGCACGCGACGUGUUCGACGGAAUGCGCCUGUGAGGCCCGCCGGUCGCUGUCAAGGUUCUAGGAUGGCUGCUGCCGGGUCGGCCGGGGUGCACGGCGCGGCACGCCCUCUCAUGAGGCUGGUCACCAUGACCGGCGCGCCGAUCCUGCGGCAGCUGCACCUGGAGGAGCGGCUCCUGCGCCGCACGGGGGACAACUGGUGCGUCAUCAACCACGGCACGGCGCCCCCCACCAUCGUCAUGGGCGUGUCCGGGAGAGUCUCAGAGCUUGUGGAGAUAGAGCCUGUCCUCCGGGACCAGGUGCCGGUCGUCAGGAGGUUCAGUGGAGGUGGCACAGUCAUUAUUGAUCAGGGGACGGUGUUUGUCACCUUCAUUUGCAACAAGACUGCCGUUGCUGGACUGCAGCCUUUUCCACGGGACAUCAUGUCAUGGACCAGCCAGUUGUAUAGCAAAGUGUUCAAUGGAUUUGGCGAAUUUCAUCUACGCGAGAAUGACUAUGCAUUUAAUCAUCGCAAGUUUGGUGGCAAUGCUCAGUCAAUAACGAAAAAUCGUUGGGUUCAUCACACAUCUUUCUUGUGGGAUUAUGAUGUGAAGAAUAUGGAUUAUCUCAAAAUCCCAAAGCGUGCACCCGAAUAUCGACUGGCAAGAAACCACACAGAUUUCUUGUGCCGCAUGAAGGAGUAUAUGCCUUCAAGAUCAGUUUUCACUGAUGGGAUCAUCACGGCCCUGAGAGAACACUUCUCAGUCGAAUCCACAGAUUUAGAAACAGGGCCUUCUGAUGAUGAAGAAUUUGUGCCUUCGACAAAGCUGUUAUCACAAAAAGACCUAGAGGAAAUUGUUUCCUCCAAAGAAUCUUUUAGAGCACAGAAAGUUCAAGCGUGACCAUGGUUUCGAUGAGAACUCUUAUUUCUGUUGUAAAAUCUAUUAUUUUAUUUUAUUUAUUUUUGUCAAGCUGUGGAUUCAUUCAAGUUCAACAUUAUUCUCACUGAAUCACUGAUUGUUACAUCCAGACACAAGCAAAGCUUUGCUUUUGCGCUGAACUAGGAGGUAGCAUUCAACCAAUUGUUAUGAUUUAUUGACUAGUAUUGGAGACGAGAUUGUAAUAAGAAAUCGGGAAAACGCAUGUCCCGUCUAAAAUAUCCAAUGAUUGUAGCUUAA